AUGGACCCCGGAGAGCCCGAGGUGGUGAGCACAGUGCCUCUGUACAACUUUGACGGCAAGAUCAUCUGCAACCUGGCGGCUGACACGUGGCCUCUUGACAUCAGCGACGAGACGUGGGUGCUGCUGCCGAAGCUCACCCCGCGAGUGGAGCUACCAUCCCUCCCCUCCCUGCCGCACUUCCGAGUGUACCCCGAGCGCAGCUCCUCCUCCGUGGACGUCAACAACUGGGAGCAGCUCGUUCAUGUGCUCAGGACGCAUGGCAGGGUGGGGCUCAUCACAUCAGCGAGAGGCCAGUACCAGUUCGGCCUUCUCCCCAUCGCCACCCCUUCCACCACCACCUCCACCUCCCCUCCCCCACCCCCUCCCGCCUUCGCCCACCCCUCUGCACCGCUCCCCACCGGUUUCUCCUCUGCCCGGGCGUACUACGCGCCGCUGCCAGCUGGCAUUCCCCGCCGCGCCCCGCGCUUCCCUGCAGUGCUCCCGGGACUGCUGGCGCAGCAGCAGUCAAGACCUGCUUCUCACACGGCGCCUGGACAGAUGGCGCCCGGACAGGUGGCACCUGGACAGAUGGCGCCCGGACAGGUGGCACCUGGACAGAUGGCGCCCGGACAGGUCGCACCUGGUCAGAUGGCGCCUGGUCAGGUGGCGCCCGGACAGGUGGCACCUGGUCAGAUGGCGCCUGGACAGGUGGCGCCUGGUCAGAUGGCGCCUGGACAGGUGGCGCCUGGUCAGGUGGUGGUGGCGCAUUCUCAUGUGGCACCUGGACAGGCACGUGCCCAGGUGGCAAACGGUCAGGUGCAUCUGGGGCAGGUGCCACCUGGGCAGGCACACUCGCACGUGGCAUCAGCUCCGCCCCCUACUCGAGCAGCCUCACCACACUCAGUUGCACAGGGCCAGGGGCAAGGGCAGGGGCAGGGGCAGCAGAUGCAACUAGGGCAGGUGUGGGCAGGGUCGCAGGUACAACUAGGGCGGGUUCCACCUGGAUUUGAGCCCGAACCGCAGGUGUCUUCUGCGUCUGUGCAGCAACCCCAGCAACAGGAAGCACUACCGCCACCGCCACUGCUGCCACCACACCAGCAGCAGCAGCAGCAGCAACAACUCCAGCAACAGCGGCGGCAGCAGCACGGUCACACUCCAGCAGGGCAUGGCUCGCCUCGUGCUCCUGGUUCACCAGGCGGCUGGUCCUCCCACCACCCUCCUCCCCCACAUGCCCGUGGUGCUUCCCCCCGAGCGCAGAGCCUUCCGGGCCUCACUGCUGCAGGAUCUUUCUCCUCUCGCGCUGCUGCCUCCGCCCCUGCCGCUCCAGUAUCCACGUCAGCACCUCAAUUGUCCACGUCAGCAUCUCCAGUAUCCACGUCAGCACCUCCAUUGUCCACGUCAGCAUCUGCAACCCCCACAUCAGCAUUCUCUUUCAAGGGUGCACUUCCUCCUCCUCCCACGCUUCCACCUCCUCCUCCCCAUUCCCCCUCAGCUCCUGCUCCCGCUCCUCCUCCUCCUCUUCCAUCUGCUUCCCCAAUGCCCCCUCCACCUGCGCGCCCCUCUCCCCCUCCGCCUCCCCCUUCCCUUCCCCCUGCGCGUUCGCCGGGGCCGGGCAUGCAUCCGCAGUACCUGGCGUCCCUGGCGCACACGCACCAGCAGUGGGUGUUUGGGGGCGUGGCGGAGCUUAUUGAUAACUCCAUGGACGCCAAAGCACGCAGGCUGGACAUUUUCAUCAGCAUGGCCAAGCUCCCUCCAAGAGCAGCCGCGGCAGCCGCAGCAGCAACAGCAGUCCCCGCAGCAUCACCCUCAGCCGCAGCACCGUUACCCUCCUCCUCCUCCUUCACUCGCCCCUCCUCCUCCGCUGCAUCGGGUGUGCCGGUGCCGGUGCUGCACGUGUGUGACGAUGGCAAGGGCAUGGACCACGGCGAGUUGGUGCAGAUGCUGUCGCUGGGCCAUGAGCUCCCCGCAGGGGAGGACCCCCACCACAUCGGCCGAUUCGGGGUUGGCUUCAAGACGGGCACCAUGCGCAUAGGCAACGAUGCAUUGGUUCUAACCCAGUCAACGGACAGCCGCAGCAUUGCGCUGCUCUCCCGCUCGCUCAACCAGGGCCGGCAGGAGCUGGAGAUCCCCAUCGUGACGUACAAGCGGGUGGUAUAUGGGGGAGGUGCAUCUGCAGCAGGGGGAGGUGGAUCUGCAGCAGGAGGAGGUGGAUCUGUAGGGGGAGGUGGGACUGCUGAGUGGCAGCUGGACCUGGGGGUGCAUUCAGAGGAGGAGGCGGAGAGGCGGAAGCGAGCAAUCUUUGACUUCUCGCCUCUGGACGAGCGAAGGAUAAACCAGGAGUUCCGCAAGUUGGAGCAGGCAAGUGGAAGCAUUGACUCCCCCCCCACGGGCACGCGCAUCUACUUGUUCAACCUCAAGCGCCUGUCGCGUCCAGAUGCAGCGUACGAGCUCGAGUGGGACGACGACGCCCACGACAUCCUCAUCCGCACCAGACGACCCCGCUCCCGCCCCAACCAGCUCUGCCAAGACGUACCCAUAGACUACUCCCUACGAGCCUACCUGCGAGUCAUGUUUCUGCACAACCCCGCCACCAUCACAGUGCAAGGCCGCGCCGUGCAAGGCAGCGUCGACAUCGCGGAGAACCUCUCCCAACCGUUCUCCACCACUGGGACCGUCAUGGGGCAGCCGGUGCAAGUGCGCAUGGGCAUGGACGAGGGCGAGAGGGCGUGUGGGCGGUGCGGGUUCUUCCUGUACUGGCACGGGCGGCUGAUAGAGGCGUAUAAGCGCGUCGGAAGGAUGGAAUACUCGGGAGAUGCCGGGCUGGGGGUGGUCGGCGUGGUUGAUACCACUGCUCUCUUUGAUGCAGCAGGGGAGCUGGGAGUGCUGAACUGCAAGCAGCGGUUUGCAGAGGGCGAGGAGUAUCAGCGGCUCAAGGACUUUCUCUCCUCCACCUUCAACCAGUACUGGGAGGACAAUUUCGACAAGGACUGCCCCACUACGAACAUACCAGAGGGGGCAGUGCUGCAGGACCACAGGGACUGGGUUCAGUGCGACAAGUGCCAGCAGUGGCAUAUCCUGCCCCCCAAUGUCACCUCUGAAAUGCUGCCAGAGAACUGGUUCUGCUACAUGGAUCCCAUUCGAGGCAAGUGCAACGACCCCAAUUAUGUUGAACCAGCUCCUAACGAGGUUACCCUUGGGAUCUCCAGACACUACAGUAGCUUCCCUGGUGCUGCUGCUGGCGGUGCUGCUUCUCCUGCGUCUGCUGCUACUGCCGCUGCUUCUGCUGCUGCUUCUGCUGCUGGUGCCGCUGCUGGUGCUGCUGCUGGCACUGCUGCUACGCUGAAUGCUGCAGGGUUGGAGCUAGAGAGGCGAGUGGGGGAGUGGGGGCAGGGCGGGCAGGGGAGGGACGAGGGGGAGGGGUCGGGGAGCAAGGGGGAGCAAGAUUGGGGAGAGGAGGUGGGCUGGGAGGAGCCGGGGCAGCAGGCUUGGAUGAGAGCAAGAAGAGGAAGGUGGGAGGGGGGGGUGGGAUGGCAGGUGGCAGUGGUGUGCCUGACAGGAAUGGUGCGGGUGGCAGUGGCACACAUGUGA